AUGUCAACGUCAGAUGUCAAAAGGGAGGAGUUAGCUCAAUAUGUGGAAGAAGAAAAACCAGCGACAGAACUGAAUCUUGGCAUGUACAUGUGUGACUGGGAAUUUGGUAUCAAUGGUUACACGUUAUUUAGGAAAAACAGAGAAUAUCAAAAUAAUCAUGGACAUGAAGCAGUAGCAGUUAAUCUAUUCGUUAAUAACAACAUGAAUGUCAAUAUAGUUUUCCUCAAUCCUUGCACUCCUGAUUUUAGCGGGGUUAAUUUGAAGAUUGGGAAGAAAUGUGUUAUAUCCACGAAUGGCUGGUACGUUGAUAUGUUUAAGGAUGAUAACAAUUUGGAUAAGAGGGGCAACACCAGCAUAAUGCACGGGUGUCCAGAUACGGAGGUGAGGAAGUGUUUAGAUGAUGAAGACGGCACCGAAAGUACAAAUUAUGAUAAUAAUGACUACGAUAGUGGUAAUGACAUUGAUGAUAAUCACAAUGGUGAUGACAAUGAGAAGGAUUAUUAUAAUGAGGAAUAUGUUAAUAAGGAUUAUUUUAAUGAGGAUUAUGUUAAUAAGGAUUAUGAUAAUGAAGAUGAUUAUGAUAAUGAGGAUGAUGAUAAUAAUGUAGAUUAUGAUAAUGAGGAGUAUGAUGAUAAUGAUGUAGAUUAUUAUAAUGAGGAGUAUGACGAUGAGGACUAUGAUAAUGAGGAUGAUGUUGAUGUUGAUGACGAGACAAUGAUACAAGCAAAAAAGUUGGCGAAAAUGAUUGCUGGGGUAGUGGAUGAAAAAUGA